AUGGCUGUUGUCUCUGGCUUGUUGCCUUCAGCAGCCUCCCAUGUGAAAGAAACAGUCCACCAGCUUUUUUCAUUCAUACAACUACAAGGUAAUACAGACUAUAUAGGAGAGCAAGUAUCACAGCUUGAGCACUCUUUGCAAUGCGCCCAUCUUGCAACUCAGAGCAGCCUCUACAGGCACGACCACGAAGUCGUAUUGGGAGCGCUACUCCAUGAUGUUGGGCGCUUUAUACCCGCCGCCAAGAAUAUGCCCAAGAUGAUUGCACCAGACGGGUCAUACGUCGGGAGUUGCAGCCACGAGGUGCUUGGAGAACGCUAUCUUCGCCAAUUGGGCUUUAGCGACAAAGUAUGCCAGCUGGUUGGCGCACAUGUGGUCGCAAAGCGCUACUUGACAGCGGUAGAGCCGGGGUACUACGAAGCGCUGAGCACGACGAGCAAAAGGACAUUGGAGUACCAGGGAGGCAGAUUUACGCACAAACAGAUUGAAGAGGCACAAAAGGAUCCACUGCUCGAGGCAAAGCUGGCUGUCCGAAAAUGGGAUGAUCUUGCCAAAGAUCCCCGCCUGCAAGUCCCUGGUCUGAACGUGUACGAGGCCAUGGCAAUUGAAUGCUUGGCGGCCGCCAGAAAAACGUUUCGAGUUGGCAGCGCGGCUUUCAAUCUGCCUUCGCGCCGCACUGCCAUUAUUGGUUUGCCGGCCCUACCCAGAGACGUGGCGGAUGCCGCUGGCGCUGCGAACCUGACAAACUUGUCCGCGUUCGUUCAGCGGAGCAGCUUCGCAAUGGGCGACAGAGAGUCCAGCGAGUGUGAUCUGGAACGCAAGGGGUCUGUGCCUGCGGAGGAAAUCUUCAGCUCGGCGGAUAGAUUCGGGAUAAAUUCCGCUCUUCAGCCCUUGCUCAGUGGCGACAGAGACGUUGUGCUUGUCUCUUUGAUGGACUUUGAGGCUGGCGCUGACAUCGUUCACCUACUGAUACUGAUUGACGCAAAGAUUCAGCAGCUGGUCCAAGAUGGAGCAUCGGUAAUAGUUGCCGAAGACUGGGACGAGUUGAACGGAACAGCAGCAUCCAUAGUACUUUGCACACCAAAGCUAUCGGGCGGUACUUCUGCGGGCGUUUUGUUAGCGGGUCAACAUGAUGUCUGGGAGAUAGCUUUCAACUGA